AGAAGAAAAGCGCUCCCCUACAGACAAACACGCCCAUGUGUACACAGCGAUAUGACAAUAAACCAACCUCAUUAAAAACGAACAAUUAGCUCCCAUAAACAACUUCCACACGCCGUAAUUUGGGAAUAUAAUCGUAAUUCCUGGCUCAAACCCGGGCGGCGGGCUGACCCUUCUUCUUCGUCGUCGUUGUUGUUGUUGGUGUGUCUUGUUUUUCGGAGGUGGGUGGAGACUGAAGUUCUCGUCCAAAAAAUCAGACAAGACAACUUCACCAGCAGGCCCAGUUGGACAAUAAAGUCUCUACUUGUUUAGUUAACUAGCCGACAGCCACAUUAGAGCCGGUUGAUAAGGUUACAAAACAACAAGAGAGAUGAGUCAAACAGAGCAGGUACCCGACGACACGCCUGCAUACCUCAAAGAUGAGCCAUCAGAUGCAGACACGCACAAGGACCACCCACAGACGCAGCCCGGCAUGUUUGGGCGGUUAUUCAACACCACCAAGGGGGUUGUAGGAGCCACAGUUGGUGGCGUGGCCUGGAUAGGAGGACAGAGCCUGAGCCUCACCAAGACUGCCGUCACCACUGUGGCCGCGGUGCCGUCGGUUGCAGUGGGGGCCGUCAAAGGAGGAGUAUGUGCCGUAGCCGGAGGAGUGACUGCUGUAGGCUCAGCAGUGGUCUCCAAAGUUCCCAUAGGAGGAGGAGGAGCAAGCAAGAAGAAGGACAAGUCUGACUGACGGAGGAGGAAAACCAUCGCUGCGUUGUGAGGCAUGGACUGUGUUGGGGGUUUCUAGCAGGCGGUCAACAGCGGUCUGACCAGAAAAGGAACGACAGAGGACUCGGAGGUUGUGUGUACACUUUUCGGUGAGGGGUCUAUGCUUUACUUUGAUCCGUUAAUGUCGGUUAACCACAUGCUCAUACAGUCAUGUGGCGAGGGCCUCUUCAAGCAAAAACCUACAAAGACUUUCUUGCUCCGCUCUGUAAGGGCAACAAACCAAAUUAUCAUCACCGGUGCCAGAAACUGUUUGGAUAAAAUGUUACUGUUUCAUUUUGAUAAAGACACCACAGAACAGUUUUCUACUGCAGACUUAGAGAUUUGUUGUACUUGUUAGCUUGAGUACCACAGUAACACUCCCCAGCAAUACCACCAAUAGAGAAUGCACCAUUUUUUUUCUUUUUAUGUCAGUAAACCUGAGAUUCACCUGCAAGACAAUCAGUGAUCAAUGGUGAUCUACAACUGGCAACAAAUAAAUCCUGAUCUGGUGGUUUCUGAAGCCUUGCCAUUUAGUCCUUUACACUCAUUCAGGAUGCAAAAGCAAAUAAUGUCACAUGUGAUCAUAGGCGUGACUUGAAAGGCAUAAUCAAAAUAGUAUCCACACCACAUGCUGACUGCGGGCUAUUCAUAUUUAACCUGUUAAUUUGCCAUGUAAAGUGGGUUCACAUUGCAAAUUGUUGCCCUACACCACUGAAAAUUAUUCUGCAGAUGUUUUCUUGCGACUGUUUCUCGACCAAAAGCAGCCUGAAUUGAGAACUGCAGUGGGAGUUUAUUGUCAUAUUAUAUGUCAUGGGUUUGCAUCUUCACUGUUUGAUGUGCAGUUCAGAAUCCCUUUGGAUAAAAUGAAUGGGAUUUCCAAAAACAGCCAUAAAUUAGGGCUGUGUGGAAUGGACAUUCAUGAGAUAUAAAGCUUAUUACUCCAGGGGAUAAAAUACAUCCAUACAGCAUUACCUUUGUCCUUUGUUUUCUUUGUUACCUUUGUUGUUGGAUUUUUUUAAAUUACUUUACUUGAACAUAUAUCUUUAUCACAACCAAGUCCUAGAUAGGUAUUUCCCAAGGUUUUCCAAGAAGAGUGGCACAUUGUUAGCAAUAAUCAUAAAGGAACUGAAGGAUGAAAAUUCACCAAAGUUCUGUUGGUUGAUGUGUUUUAUUUCAUGGAACAAAACAGCAUGUCUAGUAAGCCUCUGUGAGGCACAGACUAUUUUUGGUGUUUCUUGCAAAUCCCAUUCAUAUUUUCUAUAGUUACCAUCGUAUAUAAAAUUAUUCACCUUUCACUCCCUUACCAGCGCCUUUCUCCUCCCUACUGUCAAGAAGAACUAGAAAAACUGCUCUUGGCAACAUCAUCUCAGCAUCUAUCGGUUGACAUUGCUUAAAGUUUUGCACUCCAAAACUUUCAAUAAUGUGCAUCAAAAUAAACAUGCAAUUUCUUUUCAUAGUUAAGUUGUGAUAUAUGUGAGGAGAUUUGUAAUGCAUCUUUUUUUUUUUUUUUUUUUUUUUUUUUGGUGAAGUCUUGUGCUCUGUGAAAUGAUGCAGCAGCAUUACUUUGUCAACAUUUUCAAAUACUUAUACAACUUUUCAAAUACUUAAUAUCGUAAAACUGCAAAACUGUG